CCACCAGGUCAAGAGACACAUACGUGGUUCGCUCAGUCCGGACCACCUUGUGGGAGCAAGCACAAGAAUGGGUCGAUAUGCGUGCUGCUCAAUAGCCACGAUGCUACACGGACAGGCUGAGCGUACGUAUCAGCCCCGCUGGUCCCAGCUACUGGACCGGAUCCAAAACCUCUUCAACUAUGACUCUAUCACUCGGCAUCCAAGUUGCGUUCGCGGUCCUCGUCACCAUCGCCUACUAUGCACUACAUUGGCGCCAACUGUGUCGACGUCUACCACCAGGCCCUCGUCCAUUUCCUAUUCUGGGAAAUAUCCCGCAGAUGACUCUAAAUUUCCCGGAGAAGAGAUUCGCGCAAUGGGGGAAGAAGUAUGGGGACAUGAUUUUCUUAAAGUUAUUCAACACACCCGUCUUGGUCAUCAAUUCUGCGGCCGCUGCACGAGAUCUGCUGGACAAGCGGAGUGCAAUAUACUCGGAUAGACCGUAUUCGGUCAUGAUGAUAGACCUGCUGGGAUGGGAACACAAUCUCGGAUUAAUGCCAUACAAUGAGGAGGUUCGCAAGCAUCGACGAUGGACGCAUAUGCCUUUCCUUUCCAGAUCUUCCCUCGCCGCGUUUGCCGACAUGCAGAGGCGCGAGGCGAUUGCUUUACUAAUGGGAUUGCUAAAUGACCCGGAGGACUUUGGGGCCCAUAUCUAUCGGUACUACGCCUCCUCUAUGCUUCAGUCUCUUUACGGGCACACAGUAACAUCGCCAGACGAUGAAUACCUGCAUGUCAUCGAGAAGGCAGUGGAGGAGACGAUGCACCUCUCGGCUCCUGGAACAACCCCUGUGGACUUCAUCCCGUCUCUGAGAUACCUCCCGACCUGGUUUCCUGGUGCAGGAUUCAAGCGGAAAGCCGUGUGGAUCAAGAGAACCGUGAGAGAUGCUGCGCAACGAACCUACGACUUGGCAGAGAGCAAUCUGACCAAAGGCAACAUUGGAACCCCCGUGAUAUCAUCAUUGAUCAAGGAGUCUGCAUUGAAGGGUACUCUGGAGACGGAAAAGCCAGAGAUCACGAUGUUCGGUCUCACGUUGUACGCAGACACGACACAGACUGUGCUCGUGGUCUUCAUACUUGUCAUGAUUUUGUACCCGGACGUCUACGCCAAGGCGCAAGAAGAAAUGGACAGCAUCAUCGGCGGCGCGAGGCUCCCGACUGUCAGCGACAAGGAUGCGCUACCGUACCUUGAAUGCAUCCUCAAGGAGACGUACCGGUUCUCCUGCCCUAUACCAUUAGGUGUGCCUCAUGUAUUAUGCGAAGACGAUGAGUAUCGUGGGCGCUGGAUACCGAAGGGGACAGUGGUCAUGCCGAAUCUAUGGUUUAUGCUGCAUGAUCCCGACACCUAUCCCGACCCGGAAGCCUUCUGUCCAGACCGCUUCAAUGGGCGUUAUGAAAAUCAGGAGGACCCACGGAACAUUGUCUUCGGUUUCGGUCGGCGCAUAUGUCCAGGUCGCCGCUUCGCAGAAACCGGGAUUUGGCAGGCGAUGACUAACAUCGUAGCAACAUUCGACCUUGGCAAGGCUCGUGACGCUAUGGGCAAUGAGAUCACGCCGCCGGGGACGUUCUCAUCCGGUAUCAUCAAUCAUCCGCACAAGUUCAAAUGUGCUAUCAGACCACGAUCCGCGCAGGCCGUAGAACUCAUCACAAACGAACAGUCAACACAGACUUGA